UGUUAAUUAAAGCAGCACUCUCACAGAUUAACAGUUUUGACUUUUUUUUUAGAUUUUUUCUCAGAAUCAGCGAAUUUUGCCUAGAUCCAGCUGAAAGACGCUGUAUAAACGUCAGAUAUCCAGAAUAGACGUUUAAACUACCAUGGAGGAAGAUAAAGACGCGCAGGUUGUUCCGUCAGUGGUACCAACCGUUGUUAGCGGAUUAUUUGACAAUUCGGAGUCAGAUGAAAACACGGACUAUUUUACGUCAGAUAAUGUUGGACAUAUCAGCACAACAGUGAACAGUGUCGGGGAAUACUCACAUUUAAAUUUUAAUGGUGCAUGUGGAUAUACAAAUACAAGUUAUACCUCUGACGUAGUUGUGUCAGAUUCCGACAGUGAUGACGUUGAUGACGUCUCGCGACGCCAGCUUCUAGAAAACGGGUUGACACCGUUUAUAAAAGAGGAAUUGAAAUAUUCCAUUCAGACAAAACGGUUAAAAGAGGGAAAGCAGGAAUUGAAAGUGCAAUUUAGUCACCCACCGGAAGAUGUGCUUACACCGGAAGAGGAAGAGCGUGGGGGAAAACGGCGCGUGCAGAACAGAAUGGCCGCGCGCCGCUUCCGGGACAAACAGAAAGACAGAGACCACAAUUUGCAGAAGGAGUGUAGUCGACUACAAAGCACUCAGACGGAGUUGAGGUACGAACUGGCGCAGGCGCGAAAGGAAAGGGACGAAUUCCGCCAGGCGUUUGAUCAACACAUGGCCAUCUGCCCACUACAGUUUUCCAUUAUUUCCAUGCGUCAACCUGAAACUCUUGACAACAUGUGAACACAGAAACAGAUUGAAUUUUCUUGAUGUUCACCUUUCCGGAGAUCAUAUCAGAAUAGGAAAACUAAAAACCCUAGGAGAUCAUAAUUAUAAUCAUAUCCGGGAUUUGCAACCAACAUUGGCGGAAAUCAUAAUUAUUAUAAUCCCGGGGAAUUAAAUGUCAAGAGAUCAAAACAAUAAGCUUUUUAGCCACUCACUUUUUCCGUAGAUAUAAAACUUUCUAAUUUUGAAUGUAUUUUAAUUAGUAGAAAAUUAAUUUCGAUUUGAAUAUUAUAAGUUACGGGGUUAGUAGGUGACCCGAUAUUGGAAAUACGGAUCAAAGGAAAUCUUAUCGCUCGAACCCGAAUAUGGCUCCCUGUGCCCCGUAUAUCCCAUGUCGGGUCACCUGCUGACCAUGUAUCGUAUAUAUCACGUCGCAAACCUGUUGUGUCAUCCGCACAUUUCUACAACAGUAUACAUAGUGCUGGCAAUUUUAAAGUGCCACAGACUGACAGUUUAAGUUUAAAUACUUGCUUUUAUCAAGAAAUCCAGCACUUGAACAGUUUUCAUCAAAAGUUAAAAGAAUUGAAAAAUAAGAAUACUUUUGAAGUUGAAGUAAAAUCACAUCUCAUUGAUGGUAUGAAGUGUGCAAAAUUAGAACAUUUUAUUAAUUGUGAUUCAUUUCGAUUUUUAGCUUGCAUAGUAGUGAACAAUUUUUGUCAAAUAUAGUGUCAUACCGUUUUACAGUCAGUAAUGUUACAUUUUUAAGAGGAAUUUUAAUCUCAGACACUUAAUCAUACUUUAACUAGUCAAAGUAUUUUAUUUUAAUUGUAUAAGAAAACCUUACUUAAACAGCCAACAUCUAAGAACUUGGCAUAUAUUUAUAUUUUUCAUGAGGAACUCA